CGGGAGCCGGCGGGCGCCCAGCACGCCCGAGAGUCGGGAGCCGGCGGCUGCGCUGCGGCGAGGAGCGACUGUGGCGAGAGCCUUGCGGCCGGCUGGGUCCCUGGAUCCCACUAACCGGCUCUGCGGCGGCCGCCUGUCAGUCGACGUUCGAGACCCUGCGGACGGCGUCUCAGAUAUCUGCUUGGCAGAUUAAUCAAAGGCAAGAAAGGCUAAUCUAUGUUCUGAGUACUUCCCCCAGCAAGACCCCUGUUACAGACUGUAGGCCAAGUUGACCGUGCUGCCAUAUACCCCUCCACCCAGAUAUUAUUCUAGGGUCCACCAGUGUGAAGAUGACCAAUGCCUUCCUAGCAUGACGACCUUGGACCACGUAAUUGCUACGCAUCAGUCAGAGUGGGUCUCCUUCAAUGAAGAGCCACUUUUUCCUGUCCCUUCUGAGGGGGGCACCGAAGAACACCUCCCAGUACUGUCAUCUUCUUCAGACCAGUCUGAGACUUCCUCUGGGGAGAACCAUGUGGUGGAUGGAGCCUCCCAGGACCUUUCCCACUCAGAGCAGGAUGAUUCCUCUGAAAAGAUGGGUCUCAUCUCUGAAGUGGCCUCUCCUCCCGAGAGCCCCGAGCAGCCCUCACUUGACCUGGCCUCAGCCAUCAGCAACUGGGUUCAAUUUGAAGAUGACACACCCUGGGCCAGCACCUCACCAUCUCCUAAAGAAACAGGACCCUCUGAAAAGAUGGGUCUCAUCUCUGAAGUGGCCUCUCCUCCCGAGAGCCCCGAGCAGCCCUCACUUGACCUGGCCUCAGCCAUCAGCAACUGGGUUCAAUUUGAAGAUGACACACCCUGGGCCAGCACCUCACCAUCUCCUAAAGAAACAGCCCUCCCAUUGACCAUGCCCUGCUGGACAUGUCCUUCUUUUGACUCCUUGAGGAGAUGCCCUCUGACCUCUGAGAGCAGCUGGACAACCCACUCUGAAGACACUAGCAGUCCUAGCAUUGGCCCUUCGCACACAGACCUGCAACUUGUCAAUGCUGAGGAGCAGACAAGUGGUAGAGCUUCUGGGGCUGACUCAACUGACGAGAACACUGAGUGGCAGCCAGGCAGGCAGACGGCAGGGAGCCCUGUUCAAGCAUGCAAAGAGCACACCUCCACCAGUACCCACGUCUUGGACCCCUGGCCACCACCCCACGCCAGAAGGAGCCCCGGAGAGGAAUCUCCAGGAUCCUCUGCUCCCAAUGAUAAUUCUUCCUUACUUCAGGAAGAUGAGGAGGUAGAGAUGGAGGCCAUCAGUUGGCAAACCAGCAGUCCAGCUAUGAACGGGCACCCUACCCCUCCAGUGACCUCUGCUCGUUUCCCCAGCUGGGUCACUUUUGAUGACAAUGAAAUUAGCCUCCCUUCUCUACCAGUCACCUCUCCUCUGAAGCCAGAUAUACCAUCUAUUACAUCUGUGGGCCCAGAUGCACCUUUUAACUCCACUGGGUCAGUUAAGAGGGAUCGUCCCAAGAGCACUUUGAUGAACUUUUCCAAACUUCAGAAGUUAGACAUUUCUUCCUUAAACCGUCCACCUUUCAUACCUGAGGCAUCACCUUUCAUACCUGAGGCACCACCUUUCAUACCUGAGGCACCACCUUGGAGGGCAACCAAUCCUUUCUUGAAUGAGACUUUACAGGAUAUACAGCCCUCUCCUAUCAACCCUUUCAGUGCUUUCUUUGAGGAACAGGAGAGGCGUUCCCAAAACAGUUCCAUUUCCAGUACCACAGGCAAAAGCCAAAGAGAUUCACUCAUUGUCAUCUACCAGGAUGCCAUCAGUUUUGAUGAUUCAAGCAAAAGUCAAUCACACUCUGAUGCCGUUGAAAAACUUAAACAGCUCCACAUCGAUGAUCCUGAUCAUUUUGGCAGCACAACACUACCUGAUGAUGACCCAGUAGCCUGGAUUGAGUUAGAUGCUCACCCACCUGGGCCAGCUCUGUCCCAGCCCAGGGAUGGGUGGCCAAUGAUGCUGAGGAUCCCGGAGAAGAAAAAUAUCAUGUCCUCCAGGCACUGGGGACCAAUCUACAUCAAACUAACGGAGAGUGGUUACCUGCAGCUCUACUAUGAGCAGGGCCUAGAGAAACCAUUCCGUGAGUUCAAGUUGGAGAUGUACCAUGAGGUUUCCGAACCCCGGCUUCAAAACUAUGAUGAGAAUGGUAGGAUCCACAGCCUACGUAUUGACCGAGUCAGCUACAAGGAAAAGAAGAAAUACCAACCCAAACCUGCUGUGGCUCACACAGCAGAGAGGGAACAAGUGAUUAAGCUGGGUACCACCAGUUAUGAUGAUUUCCUGAGCUUCAUCCGUGCGGUUCAGGACCGUCUCAUGGAUCUGCCGGUGUUAUCAAUGGACCUGAGCACAGUUGGUCUGAACUACCUCGAAGAGGAGAUCACAGUGGAUGUCAAAGACGAAUUCUCUGGCAUUGUGAGCAAAGGAGACAACCAGAUUCUCCAGCACCACGUCUUAACACGAAUCCACAUUUUGAGUUUUCUCUCUGGGCUUGCGGAGUGCCGCUUGGGCCUCAAUGACGUCCUUGUGAAAGGAAAUGAAAUAGUUUCCCGGCAGGACAUCAUGCCCACCACGACCACAAAGUGGAUUAAGCUCCAUGAAUGCCAUUUUCAUGGGUGUGUGGAUGAGGAUGUGUUCAGUAGCUCUCGGGUUAUUCUCUUCAACCCUUUGGAUGCGUGCCGGUUUGAGCUCAUGCGGUUCAGGACAGUGUUUGCAGAGAAGUCCUUGCCUUUCACGCUCAGGACCGCAGCCAGUAUCAAUGGGGCAGAGGUGGAGGUGCAAAGCUGGCUGAGGAUGUCAUCCGGUUUCUCCUCUAACCGUGACCCUCUCACCCAGGUUCCCUGCGAGAAUGUAAUGGUGCGUUACCCAGUGCCCAGUGAGUGGGUGAAAAACUUCCGCAGGGAAAGUGUCCUUGGGGAAAAGUCUCUGAAAGCCAAAGUGAAUCGGGGGGCAAGUUUUGGCUCAACUAGUGUCUCUGGUUCUGAGCCCGUCAUGAGAGUAACACUGGGAACUGCCAAGUAUGAGCAUGCCUUCAACGCCAUCGUGUGGAGGAUAAACCGGCUGCCUGACAAAAACUCAGCCGGGAAGAUGGAAACACAGGAAACCCUGCAAUUAUCUAUUUUUUAGUUGCCUUUAAAACACCAAAAAGGGUGGUGAAGACUACUGGGAAUGCUGCUCUGGAAGCUCCAUGGGGUACUACCCCUCCAAGCAGUGGUGUGAGUGUGAAGAGAAGCAGACAGUUCUCCAAAAUGGACAUUAGGAUCCCGGUAUGACUUCAAGCAGAUGGAGCUCUAAUCCUCCAAGGUACUGAGGAUGUCGGGAUAAUCCUUGACUUAUAACCUACAUGACCUUUAUACAAAAACUGCAGGACUUGAGGGAGGAAAGUACUCAGUCAACAGUCUGGGACUAUUUGUAAGUUACAGUAAAACCAGAGAGAAAGGGAUAGUCCCCUGACACACACCUCCUUUCUCUCAGUAACAUAAAAAUGUACUUUAAAUUUUUUAAAAACAUGUACAAGCUACAAAAUAUAGCUUUUCUCGUGUGGUAUUUGUGGCUUGACUAUGAUUUAGUUUCUUUUCUGGUUGUACUUAAUGUCAGAUGUAAUGGAUGAAUUCCAACUGCACUGAGCAAAGAAUUCCAGCAUCCUCUUCCUGUUCACUCCUUUGUUCUGCCUCAGUUCUAGUUGUGGACACUGUCCAGUAACAUGGGGACCUAAGCCUUAAACACCGUUACUUACCUCCAUGUGCUGUAGGAUGGCCAACUUAGAGGUAUUCCACUGGUUCCAGGAAAGCAGAUUUGCAUUCAUCUCUCAGUAGGAGCCUGUUGGGCUUAAGGAUUUUAAAGAAUGGGGUGAGAGAAGGGAAUAAUGUGAACUCCUCUGACCCUCAGCCAGCGUGCAUUUAAUCUUCAUGUCCACUUGCCAACACAAUCUGAAAACUUUGCCACCUUCAAGAGAUAAGUCAGAAUUAAUGUUUUAGCCAGAGGUAACAGAGGAGUGCUGCUCUUUGCCUUUCUUUUUUGUAAUGUCCAUAGUGAAUUUCAAUGUGCCAGGGUGGAUGAACCCAGGAUCCAGUGAAUAAUUCAGCCCCUUCAACCUUAUAUUUUCCUUCUUCAUCCAUCCUCAAUCAGUGUGACUUCUUGCAUUGUUGUGGUUAAUUUUAUGUAAAACCAGUUUACUUUAAAAAACGUGCCUAUGUAAUAAAGUCUACACACUGGCCAUCUCUGUAGAGGUGAGGUUUUAUUUUAGUUCUGCUUAUUACAAUCUGUAAUGCCUUUUUUUGAGCUUUGAAAAUGAACUGUUAAUAAAAGUUUUUAAACAAA